AUGUCAAAAGUUUGUCUGACUAAUUUACCUUGUGAAAUUAUCUAUCUAAUUUUCGAAUAUCUUCACAAGGAACAUAUAGUCUAUUCAUUUUUUGAAUUAACCAACGAUUUCUCUUUGUUUGUCGAGCAUUUUCUCAGCGGAAAAUUCCAACUGGCUAAAGCAAAUGACAACAGAAUAUUUCAAUAUGGUUUAUCGAUCUUUCUCCCAACAAUUGGUCUUAAUUUAUCUUAUCUAUCGAUUGGACCUCACUAUCGAUUAUCAACAUCUAUUCAAGCGAUAAAAACCUUCUGUCUUUACUUGAAAGUCUUACAUGUUCAUUGUCAUUCAGAGGAAGAUGAUGUUCGUUUGUAUAUUUCUCAAUUUCUUCAUUCUCAAUUGAUUUCAUUAAUCUUUCGAUUUAAUAACGAAAUUAUCGGUGAACAGAUUAGUUAUCGAUUACUUGAGAAAUCUUACGAAAAGCAAUUUCAACGAAUUUCCAUUCCUUCAUCGUGCUUAACACUACAUUUAUCCUCAAUGAACCAACUUGCUCUAUUAAAACGCUAUUCUCAAAGUAGUUAUCUUCCCGAUGGGUCUUAUAUGAUCGAAAGUAUGUCAAGUGAAGGCUGGAUAGUCGAUGGUAAAGAUGAUUUAUGCAUUGUGCCAAAGCGACUUCCGCGGGAAAAUCUUUUUUUUGUCAAACAAUCUUAUCUCGAAUAUGAAUUUUCAAAUGAAUCAACGGGAUCGUUGUUUUCGGUGUUGAAAUGUAGUGACAAUGAAGAAUAUUGGAUUCCAUCAUCGAUUCUUUCAAUACAUCGAAAACAAUCGAAUCAAUUAUGUCGAAGAUUCACAUUGGAGAAAUUCGAUGAUCAUCAACAGUAUUAUAUUCGACCGUGUUACUCUGGAGCAAAGCGAUUACAAGUUUUAGGAAAAAGAAUCGUUGUUUCGCUCUGUAACAACGAGAAAACAAUAGACCAUCGAUUUCGAUUUCAUCGUAUCGCAUGA